AUGCCGCCUAAGCCCUUGAGACCAGCAAAUCCUUCUAGACAAUCAUCACAAACCGACAAAGCCAGGCUGGCUGGAACCGUCUCCAGAAGCGGCAGCGACGCGAAGAAGGACAAGAAGGAGGGCGAAGUCGCAUCCGCUCAACAUCGUCGUUUCUGGAUCGACGAAGACGGCUCUCAUCACCAUCAACUCAAAAGUGCUCGAAGACAGGAGAAGUUGACUGACAUGGUUCGCGACUUCCUUGGAGGCAAGAAGAAGGAGCACCACGAAGAGCAGCCUUUGUCUCUCAUGGCCAGUUGGGUGGACCAAAUCAAAAACGAAAAGAACAGGGUCGCUUCGGACCAGAAGAACGGCCCUGCCGGUACCGCAACGCUUGUUCAAAAAUAUGGCAAGUGUCAGGAGAUCGUCGGCCGUGGUGCUUUCGGUAUCGUCAGGAUAGCGCACAAGGUGGAUCCGAAUGACUCGAAGCACGAGCAACUCUAUGCCGUCAAGGAGUUCCGCCGAAGACCACAGGAAGACUCAAAGAAGUACAGCAAACGCCUUAACUCGGAGUUUUGCAUCUCAUCGUCUUUGAGACAUCCCAACGUCAUCCAUACCCUCGACUUGCUUACCGACGCAAAGGGUGAUUACUGUGAAGUCAUGGAAUUCUGCGCUGGUGGAGAUCUUUACUCGUUGGUCCUCGCUGCGGGCAAACUAGAAGUCGUCGAGGCGGAUUGUUAUUUCCUGCAGCUCAUGCGUGGUGUUGAAUACAUCCAUGAGAUGGGAGUCGCACAUCGCGAUCUGAAACCCGAAAAUUUGUUGCUCACGACACACGGCGCCCUCAAGAUUACAGAUUUCGGCAAUGGCGAAUGCUUUCGCAUGGCUUGGGAGACAGAACCGCACAUGACAGCAGGUCUUUGUGGUAGCGCGCCAUACAUCGCACCAGAAGAAUAUACUGACAAGGAGUUCGAUCCUCGUGCAGUAGAUGUCUGGGCAUGUGGUGUCAUCUACAUGGCCAUGAGAACCGGCAGACAUCUAUGGCGUGUAGCCAACAAGGACGAAGAUGAGUUCUAUGACAAUUACGUCCAAGGCCGCAAGAGCGACGCUGGCUAUGGACCGAUCGAGUCAUUGCAUAGAGCGCGAUGCAGAAAUGUCAUCUACUCGAUAUUGGAUCCCAAUGCCAGCAGACGCAUCAGCGCACACCAAGUACUGAACUCUGAGUGGGGUAAGGGCAUCAAAGUGUGCCAGGCCGGCGAGGAAGGUCUGUAA